UGUUUUGUUUUUUAUUUAUUUACUGACAAAAAAAUCGCAGUUAUAAUUAAAACUAUGUUAUAUUACGAAGGAACAACUCGGUAACGACUAAAAAUAGUCUGCUCAAUUUUCUCGUAGAAGAUCAGAACCCGGCUAAAUAAUUUAUUUCCUUUUAUCCAAUCACACAACACCUUGAGCUAAUUAUGCAAGAUGGCGUCAAUUCGUUGUGUACGGUGGAUAUGUCGUUACUUGUUAGGAGAUUUUGCUUUGUACAGCAAAACUUGGAGGUGAUCGAUGGAACGUUGGUAUAGAUAGCCCUUGGAAUUAAUUUGAAUUAUAUUUCCUCGAGACUGGAGAGUUGAUCUGCCUGUGGAAAGUGUAGAUCAAAGAUGGCUCGGGGUAGAAGCAGUGUUGGUAAAGACAAGGAAAAGGAGAAAGAGAAGGACAGUGACCGCCAGCCAGAUCCAAAAUAUGCUCUUUGGAUAAUUGCUGCUAUUGGUAAAGUUAAGGGACAAAAGCAACGUCCAAGUGAAGACAGAAUUGCUCACAUUCUGGAAAAUGUUUAUGGCUUAGAACAACAAGAGGCCUUGGAACAGCUAGAACUGUGUGUAAAGACAGGGAGAGUUCUGAAGGUAGUUUUUAAAAACAAAGCAUCAUACAAAGACCCUGCAAAAGUACCAGCUCACAUGCGAGGUAUUGUUGAAAAACCCACCGAUCUCCAAGGGUUCAUCAAAGAAGCUCUUGAGAAUAUUGGGGAUGAAAAUGGUUGCACGCAACAAGCGAUUCAUAAUUAUAUAGUGGACCAUCAUGCUGCAAGUUUAGAAUCCACUGGAAAUGCUCGGAUUAAAGAGUCUCUCAAGAAAGGACUUGCUUCUGGAGUUUUCAUCAAGGAAGGCAGAUAUUACAGGCUAGCAACACCACCUAAGCCUAAGAAAAAGAAAGUUGAUGCCAGCACAUAUUGUGGCUUUUGCCUUGGAACAGCAGAACGCAAUAAAGAUGGUGUAGGAGAAGAGCUAAUCUCCUGUGCAGAUUGUGGAAACAGUGGUCACCCAUCAUGUUUGAAGUACUCUCCUGAGCUGACAGCUCGAAUUAAACAAGAACCUUGGCAAUGCAUUGAGUGUAAAGUGUGCUUUGUAUGUCAAGAUGCUGGCAAUGCUGAUAACCUGUUGUUUUGUGAUGCGUGUGACAAAGGAUUUCAUAUGGAAUGUCUUAGUCCUCCAAUGAAAGAAACCCCCACAGGAAGCUGGGUUUGUGCAAAAUGUAAGGUGAAAACUCCUGGCCGACGAAAGAAAGGACAAGUUGAAACACCUAUUACCAGUCCACCGCGCAGAAAAAUUCAACCUCAGGCAACAGCUGAAGUUCAAGGAUCAAGUGUAUGCCCAACACCUGGAUGUGAUGGGUCAGGACAUGUUAAUGGACGAUUCACAUCUCACCGAAGUCUUCCAGCUUGUCCAAUUGCAAAUGAGUCCAAAAAAUUUGACGAUGAUGCCAAAGCUGCUGAUGAAACUCCUAAGAGGAGACCUGGUAGACCUCCAGCCUCCAGUAAAUCAACACCGAUGACUCCACUCUCCCCUAUAUCUCCAAGGAAACAGCAACAAUUACCACCAGGAGUAACAGAGGAAGAUCUGGCCUUGUUCAAACAGGCUCAGGAGAAAGCAAAUGCUGCCAUGAACCUUGAUACAUCCACCACCCUUGUGCCAAGUACUCGCUCACCUCCACUGAUCCAGUUUGGUCGUUACGAGAUUGUUACUUGGUAUUCUUCACCAUAUCCUCAAGAAUAUGCCAGGCUUCCCAAACUAUACCUGUGUGAGUUUUGUCUCAAGUACAUGAAGAGUACCAGCAUUCUUAUGCGCCACAUGACAAAGUGUAAAUGGUUUCAUCCUCCAGCAAACGAAAUUUACCGCAAAGGUGAAAUCUCUGUGUUUGAGGUGGAUGGUGCAGUUAACAAGAUCUAUUGUCAGAACCUCUGCCUAUUAGCCAAGCUCUUCCUUGAUCAUAAGACGCUGUACUAUGAUGUGGAGCCAUUCCUGUUUUAUGUCCUAACGAAGAACGACAAAAAGGGCUGUCAUUUGGUAGGAUAUUUCUCAAAGGAAAAGUCUUGUCAACAGAAGUACAACGUGUCAUGUAUUAUGACAAUGCCCCACUAUCAAAGACAAGGGUUUGGCCGACUGCUCAUUGACUUUAGUUACCUCUUGUCGAGAAUCGAAGGCCAGCCGGGCUCCCCUGAGAAGCCAUUGUCAGACCUUGGCUUGAUCAGUUAUCGUAGCUACUGGAAAAGUGUUUUACUGGAGUAUUUGCACGAUCACAAGGAAAAGCAUGUCACCAUAAGAGGGAUCAGUAAGUCGACUGGAAUGGAUCCACACGACAUUGCUGCCACUCUUCAGAUACUCAACAUGGUGCACAAAAAGGAUGGAAAGUUUGUGCUAUGUGUUAACCAACGCUUGAUCAACACUCACAUGGAAAAAUUACGAAUGAGUGCUCGCAUCACCUUGGACCCUGACGCACUCAGAUGGACUCCCUUGGUGCACACUAACCUGGCGCUCGUCGAUAAAGAGAACGAAGCUGCAAACGGACAUCUCGAAGGCGGAAAGAACGGUACAGCAGACAACAAGGAUGGCUCGGCGGACGCUGGUGAUCGGCAAGUAGACGUGCUCAACGACAGUCAUGUGGACAAAUCGAAAGAUGGAUUGGUUAUAAACGGCAUUGCUGAAUAUGAAGACGAAAGUGCCUCCGAGGAUGAUGAUGAGGGACCGAUUAUUCGGCCGAGAAAGCGCCGACGAAGUAAUACGCUUUCCGACAGCGGCUCGGAUAAAACUGAGGAGAAGGUAACAGACGAAGCGGGAGUGUUGAAGAACGAGGAUAAAACGAACAAGGAAUUAGCUGGUUUUGACACUACAACAAGUGGAAAGCUGAACAGUGCAGAGGGCGAAAGUGGGAUCAUCAAGAAGAAAAUGAAGCUGAACGAUGAAGAGUCGAGCGCCGAAGCCAGCGACGACUCAGCUGAUAAUUCAGAUUCCGAAGAUUCCUCCUCCUCAUCGUCGUCGUCAUCUUCGUCCUCAUCUGAAGACAGUGAUAAUGGCGAACCUAUGGACCAUACCGAAGAUAACCCUUCAAGAGAAAACGAAGACUCCCGCAAAUGUUCCGAAGAUGGCUCAAGCGAGUCUUCGUCCGAGAUUAACAACUCCCCGGCGGGCGUCUACUCGGGAUUUGGGAGUCAGUUGGAUAAUAGAAAUCCCUUAGAGACUUUAGCAGAUAUGGACUCUGCCUUCCCGAGAUUGUCACCAACAAGUUUCGAGUGUAAGGAGAGUAACAGGUCGGACUCUAUGGCCGUAGAUCAAGAUAUGAACCCGGUGGUUGAUUUCCCAGAUACAGAUAGCACAGCUCUUAUUAAAGAACUGUCUGAGGAAGUGUUCUCGAUCGGCGCCACGCCUUCUCUUGGAGGCCAGCAUUCUUCCGACGACGAAAUUUGAGUACGGUGUUAGCCUGGUGUGCUUUUUUGGCAGUGCAAUUCUUUUCUUUUGUAAAAAAUGCUGAUUUUCUUGAAUAAUGCUAUUCUCUUUUGAAGUCCUUUUACUCUUAUAUUAAAACCCUUGUUUUCCAUUCAGGUGAAAUUAAGAUAGAUUAAUAAAAACAUAUGUACAUUUAUGGAACAGUUUAAACUAAACUUUGUUAUGCUCCAUUUGAAACUUCAAGUUAUCGAUGCAAACAUAAUUAAUCUUUUAUCGUUUGUUCUCAUUUUGUAUUGAUAGUGGAAGUGUAGAAAUGACAACUUAACAAGUAAAGCGUAAUUUAAACUAGGAAGAUAAGUUUUUGUUUUUUUUUUUCGCAGUCAGGUGUUUUCCUUGUGCAACAUCUUCAUGUAAAUUUGUUAAGUAACGUAACGUGGUUUGGCGCAUGAUUCCUCAUUUGUAUAAAAAAGUAAAAAUUAGUAAAGCCUUUUUGGAUGAAACCUUUUGUAAUGAACGCAUUGUUGGAUGAAUAUUGUAAAUUUGGUUGAUGAGUAGUUAUUAAUAUAUCACAGAGAUUAUA